AGGUUUACUUGCAUUUCUUUUCCUACAAAAUUUCUGCGAAAAGCUUUACUGUGUGUUUCGUGCGCAUGAACUGCGGCAUCAACUGGGGAUCUCUACAUCAAGUCUUUCGAAACCGAAAUCAGAGUUUGAGAAAAUGUCCUCAGAAGGAACAAGGAGUAUAGUAGGGAGUGAGGUGAUGCCUUUGGACUAUGGGAGCAUGGACUCAGAGAGUAGUCCAUCUCCCUCUAGUUCGGAGAAGACGGUGGAAGGGGUGAGAGGAGAUGAGGUGAUAAAGGUAGGGGAGGAAGAGGUAGUAGAGGUUGGGGGUAAUGAGGUGGUAGGGGUUGGAAGAGAUAGCAUACCCAUAACUGUAGUAGAAGUAGAGGGUAGAGGCGAUAGGGAUUAUGAUGUGAACGCCGAGAUAGUGGAAAAGGUGCAGCAGUAUUGGUCUAAACUAAGGAUAAGGGAUAGCCUGGGUCACUUAGUGGAAAAUUACGAGAUCUCUUCUCGAGUGCUAGUUAGGCCAGCUGGGGUAGAGGAGAGAGCGUGUUCUGCUCCUUGGGACCAUUGGAUGCCCAUAUAUUCCCACUAUCUGAUAGCGGGAUUGAGGUUUCCAAUUCCUGAGUUGCUGGUAGGAUUGUUAUUAGAUUGGGGUAGUAUGAGGGAUAAGGGGUGGUAUUAUUUCACUCCUAGGGUAGCCAAUAGGGAGAGUAGGUCUUUGUUCACUGCGGGUCCUUCAUCCAUUAAAGGAUGGAAGGAAAAAUUCUUUUUUGUAGAUGAUACGGAGUGGGAGAGGGGAGAUGCCGAGGUGAGGGAGUUAGCAUCUUGGAAGGCCAAAAAAGCCAACCAGAGUAAGUUUAGUUUAAACGAGGAUGAGGAGGAAGAAGUGAGGAAGUUGGUGAGGAAGGGGGGGGAGUUACUAAACAUAAUGGACCUCACCAGCGCACAAUGCAUAGAAGCUGCUGAGCUCUAUGGGCCAAGCGCUUUGAGUGAAGCUGAAAUGGAUCAAUUUUUAAACACUACUGAAAGAGCGGCCAUCCCCAAGAAGCCAAGGAAGAAGUCAAAGACUUCAACCAAGCAAGUGGAUGAGGGGAGGGCUAGGAAGGAGGUAGUGGCCACGGCUUCAGCUGAAACGGCGGAGGAGGUGCCACAGUUGAAGAGGAAGGGUUGGGAGGAGAGGAGGGCACUGCAGAAGAAGCAGAAGGUGGUGGAGGAGGAGACGGGGAAUGAGGUCCCUCUGUUCGUACCUCAGCCUUCUCCUGUUGAGCUGGACCCUGAGCUUAGACAGUUGGAGGAGGGGGUUGAGGCGAAGAACAUGACGGGGGCUAGGUGGUUCAUCAACAACACCUUCCCCAAAGUGGACAGACGCAACACGCGGGAGGAAGCUCUGAGGUAUGGUGGAGCGUCCGUUGUGAAGCACGUUCUAGAGAGCGCGAGUUGGGUGAAUGGUCUAGCCCAAGAAUUCAGGGAGAGCCUGAAGAAGCGCUCACUCUUGCAGAGGCAGUGUGACCAGCUGCAAAAGGAGAAGAAGGAGCUGGAAAAGAAAAAUAAAGAACUGCAAGAGUCACUGAAUGAGGUAGUUCCAACUGUGAAGCUGUUGAAGCAGGAGAGGUCUUCCCUGAGCACCAAGCUCGUCUUUGAAGAGAGCAAACGAAGGAUCUCUAAAAGUGAGCGUGAGGCUCUGGCGCAAGAACUAAAGCUGACGAAGGAGGCUUUCUUGGAGCUGAAGCAGAAUGUGCAGACCUUGGUGCAUAAUGGAAUUAAGGAGCACAUCAGCAACUUCAUCAGCUCCAGCUCGUUUGACAACAUCGUCAACUUAUAUCGGCUGCCCACUGCCAUCCUUGCAUUCACGAACUACAGGAAGAAGGUGAAGGUAGAAUAUCCCGAAGUGGAUAUUACGAAGAUCACCUUCGGAGAGCAAGAAGAAGGGGUGGAGGAAGAUGGUAAGAGCAUGUCAGCAGACUUCCAUCCUCAGAUUAAACUGAGGUGGGAGGAUGAUGCAAACGGACGUGCUGUUUUCCCUCCACAGUUCGACUUCGAGUUCGUUGCAGUGGAGGAAGAAGGGGCGGAGGUAGAGGAAGACGAGAUGGAGGCAGGAGUGGAGGGAGCUGAAGUGGAUGAGAGCCAACCAGUUCCAGAAGUGGAGAUUCAUCCAGUUCCCUCCAACGAUGAGCAGCCUCCUGUACUAGACGAGCAGCAGCCAACACAGCCACCUCCUCUAGCUGAGCAGGAGCCAGUGGAGCCACCUCUCCUAGCGGAGAAAUAAUUUUAUUUUUUAAUUUUUUGUAAAAACAUUUAGACAGUUUGUAACACUGUUAUUUUGUUAAAUGGAAUUAUAUGUUUGUUUAUGUUUCGUUUAUAUUUUUGUUAUUUUUAUUAAUAGAAGAAUUGAGAGUAC